AUGACACAGUCUAAACGAAAAUACGAUGAAAUGAUGUUCGAAGCGGAUCCAUUUCGAAUUCCGCUGAUUUGCUAUCAACAAAUCUUUCGGUAUUUACCGAUCGAGUCAUUACUGUCUGUGGCAUUAACAUGUAAAACAUGGUAUAACUUACUCGCAUCUAACCAAUUCUGCUUUAACAAACGUACGAAAUUAACUCUCUCGAACGAACAGCAAUUGCUCGUGAUUUCAAAUUCUAAAAUUUUACGUCAUAUCAAUAGAAUUGAAAUGGAUUCGUCCGAUCGUAGGAUAGCAUUGGAUAAUUUUCAAUUGAACUUUACUUCAUUACAUACGUUCAAAUUACGGUUUGUUUCGUUGACACCGUUGUUUGUUACAAACUUAUUUCAAUCGAUUUCUCCAACUCUGAAAUGUUUAAUCUUAGCGAUGAAUCCGAAAAUAAACGUCGAUACAACGACGACAUGUUUUUGUCUUCUAGCAUCGUUGAAUCUUCUUCCAAAUUUAACGUACUUUUUUCUACUUUUACGAUCGGGCGCGAAAAUUGAAAUAGAUAUCGAGAAGUAUUUUCAAUGCUUGACAAAAUUAGAGAAACUUAUUCUCCGUCAGGACAAUUUUACUGGCAGAAGAAGUCGAAUCCAGCAAUUGAAUGCUCUAGCAUGCCUUCCGAACUUGAAAUAUUUGGAAUGGUUUGAAUUUUCACCGUCGGAUUUGCAGAUUUUAGUAGCUUUACCAUGUCGACCUCCUUUACAAUAUGUUCAUCUUCAAGAAACAUUGAUCACCAAUGAAAUUUUGUACCAAUUAAGUCGAAUUCCAACUAUUACUUCGUUAAGAUCACAUCGAUUUUCGCCUUUACAAACGAAACUAAACAUAAAUGGUUAUAAGUAUUUACUUGCUCUGAAAGAAUCAUUAAAAGAAUUACAGAUUAGUGCAAAACAUAUCAAAUAUGAGGAAUUGAUGAUGGUUCAAUAUCCGACUGAAUCAGAUUGCACCGAGAAUGAAUACGAAGUUCAAAUAACUUCAGAACACAUUGAUAUUCUCAAACAAUUCAUUCAUUUGACAAGUUUAUCUUUCGAUCAGAUCAGUAUUACCAAAGAAAAUAUGGAUAAUUUACUCAUUAGUUUGGCUGAUCAUUAUACAUUGAAAGUUUUAGAUUUGACUUCGGUUUCUUUUCCAUCAAUGGUAGUCCUGUCACAAGUGACAAGUUUAGAAGAAUUAGUGUUAAGUUAUCCAAACAGAGAAGAUGGAACACAGUACACCGAUGAAGAUUUGAUGAUCUUGUCUCCGUUGAAGAACUUACGAGUAUUGGAACUGUACUACAGUUUCAAUUUACAAUCGAAAACAAGAAAAAGACUGAAGGCACAGACAAGAUCAAAUUGUAGUUUUAUUUUUGAAAAAUUAGAAGAGUUUUUUUAUAAUGAUGAUAAGUGA